GCCCAGCGUAUAUUUUAGCUAUGGGCCGUGCUUGAUCAGCAAGUUCAUUCUUUGUAAUGUAAAAUGUUAUCGUUUACUGUGCUUAGUUGUGAAUUAAAUGGUCUUAAGUGUAGUCCCCGAAAUUUGUGGAGUAGUACGUGAAUUUUUUUUUUCUUCUCAAGAGCAAUGAUGCGAGUCUGAGAGGUUAACUUCACUGAAUAAUCUCAUAUGGACUGCUUACUUCUUAGUCAAACUGAGUCAAAUAAUUACAUGGGACUUCAGUUUAGCUCAUUGGGGCUUAUGACUACCCCUCGAUUUGGUGGUUCUUCGGAUUCUGUUCUGUAUGGUCGUGGUGUGUUUAGGAUUGCCGUGCUACUAAAAGGACAUGUUUCUGUAGUGGCUAGCUUAUUGCUACAUGGUCAAAAGUAAUUUUUAUGCGGACGUAGAUUGAAGAUAUGGAGCAAAUCAUCUAUAAAGAUAUUUGUGUACUUAAGUGAGUCACACUUCUGAAGAAAAAGGGGGCUGGCAGGGAAUUUCAGCCAUGUUUGCAUUUCUUCUGGUUUAUGCAUAUCGUCAUGGUCACCGUCUAAAUUGCAAUCAUGGCUGAUGGUUCGCGGCAGCCUUCUGUAGUUCAGAAGAUGGCUGGACAGUCUUAUUUUGUGUCCAAGCUUUCCCCCAAUUUUCACCAUCGAAGUUAUCCUACAACUGGUAGUUACUUAAAUGGAGGUGUACGGCCUUCUUUGCAGCUGGCAUGCAAUGUCAGUGGCAUGGCAGUUGUCCCACCAAUGCAGCCAGUUACUGUGCAUGCUCCAGCAGAGAAAGGGGCAACUGCAUUUUUGGUGGAUUUCCUGAUGGGAGGAGUGUCUGCUGCAGUCUCUAAGACUGCUGCUGCUCCAAUUGAACGAGUCAAAUUGCUUAUUCAAAAUCAGGAUGAAAUGCUCAAAAGUGGUAGAUUGUCUGAACCAUACAAGGGAAUAGGUGAUUGUUUUGCCCGAACAAUGAAGGAUGAAGGUGUUGUGGCUCUUUGGAGAGGGAACACUGCUAAUGUUAUCAGAUACUUCCCUACUCAGGCUCUUAACUUUGCUUUCAAGGAUUACUUCAAGAGGCUUUUCAACUUUAAGAAAGACAGAGAUGGGUACUGGAAAUGGUUUGCUGGUAAUUUGGCCUCUGGAGGGGCCGCUGGGGCUUCCUCCCUCUUGUUUGUCUAUUCUCUUGACUAUGCUCGAACUCGCUUGGCUAAUGAUGCAAAAGCUGCUAAGAAGGGCGGUGAGAGGCAGUUCAAUGGAUUGAUUGAUGUUUACAAGAAAACCAUUAAGUCUGAUGGCGUGGCUGGUCUCUACCGUGGAUUCAACAUCUCAUGUGUUGGAAUCAUAGUUUACCGUGGUCUUUACUUUGGAAUGUAUGAUUCUUUGAAACCAGUGGUUUUGGUUGGCGGGUUGCAGGAUAGUUUCUUCGCUAGUUUCCUUUUGGGAUGGGGGAUCACAAUAGGUGCUGGUUUGGCGUCUUACCCAAUUGACACAGUGCGGAGAAGGAUGAUGAUGACUUCUGGUGAAGCUGUGAAAUACGAUAGCUCUCUCCAUGCCUUCCGGACAAUCAUCAAGAAAGAGGGUGCCAAGUCACUCUUCAAAGGUGCUGGUGCAAACAUUCUACGUGCUGUUGCAGGCGCUGGUGUUCUUGCUGGUUAUGACAAGCUCCAGCUCAUUCUCUUUGGAAAGAAAUACGGAUCUGGAGGUGGUUAAGACACAGAUAAUGAUGACAAAAUAUAUAUGGGACAGUUAGGUUAGUCCCUCUGAAUAGAAUAAAUUUUGGAUACGAAAGAUAGUGGCCGAGAUUUUCGAAAGAUUUGCAGACUUGAAAUUUAGAUAAUAGUGUUGUGAACCUGUAAUUUUAUUGUUCGUGACAUGGAGCUUUUGAGCCGUGUAGUUUCCAGCCCUCUUAUUGAAAUAAUUAAAAACCGGUGGCUUUCUCGGUUGAAGUUUGGUUGGAUUGUGCUCUAUGUCCCCAGGAAAGUCUUAUUUUAUUGUCUCCUUCCGGUCCGAUAUAAAGGCGAGUAAUGGUUUCAAUUGUCAAA